ACUCCAUGCGGGGUCUCUUGCUCCAGCUAGUCACGGCUCGCUCUCGUGGCGGGAGAGUUGGAGCAAACCUCGCCGCCGCCGCCUCCUGCCCGCCAGUGCCUAUUCGCCUUCAGCGCCCUCCGCUUGAGCCAUGGGGCCAACUCCAGGCUCCUAAGAGUUAUUGGGAUCUUGGCUGCUCGUUCACCAGCCAAAGAACCCGCGGGCUGGCUAUGGCUUAGGGCGCAAGAAGGGUCAGCCUAGAGGUUACGGAAAGGGGAAGGGGCGGCUAACUGAGUAAGAGAGAAACCCGAAGAAAAAACAAACGAUGAGUUUCCACAAAGAGGACGGAGUAAGCAGCCUGUGCCAGAAGGCGCUGCACAUCGUCACCGAGCUGUGCUUCGCAGGCCAGGUGGAGUGGGAGAAGUGCUCGGGCAUCUUUCCCCCGGACAGGGGCAGCCAGAGCGGAGGCAGCACAGAUAUUUCAGUCAGCCUGUUAGCAGUUGUUGUCAGCUUCUGUGGCCUGGCCUUGCUAGUUGUCUCACUUUUUGUCUUCUGGAAGUUGUGCUGGCCAUGCUGGAAAAGCAAACCUGUGACCCCCAAUGUCAGUACCCUUCCACAGAGCAUUUCAAAUGCUCCUACUGAAGUUUUUGAGACAGAAGAGAAAAAAGAGGUUAAAGAAAAUGGAAAGCCAGCACUAAAAGCUAUUGAGCCUGCAAUAAAAAUCAGCCACACUUCCCCUGAUAUCCCAGCAGAAGUCCAAACUGCUUUAAAAGAACAUUUAAUUAAACAUGCACGUGUGCAAAGACAAACUACUGAGCCUACGUCUUCAUCCCGCCACAAUUCCUUCAGGAGACACCUACCAAGGCAAAUGCAAGUGUCCAGUGUUGAUUACAGUAUGGGCACUGAACCUGUUUUACAAAGAGGAGAAACCACCACCAGCAUUGGGAGGAUAAAACCAGAGCUGUACAAACAGAAGUCAGUUGACUCCGAGGGCAACAGAAAAGAAGAUGUCAAAACCUGUGGGAAACUUAACUUUACCCUGCAGUAUGAUUAUGAAAAUGAACUUCUAGUUGUCAAAAUUAUCAAAGCCCUAGAUCUUCCUGCUAAAGAUUUCACAGGAACAUCUGACCCUUAUGUGAAGAUGUAUCUUCUUCCGGAUAGGAAAAAGAAAUUUCAGACCCGUGUACACAGAAAGACUUUAAAUCCUCUGUUUGAUGAAACUUUUCAAUUUCCAGUAGCAUAUGAUCAACUAAGCAACCGAAAACUCCAUUUCAGUGUAUAUGAUUUUGACAGAUUUUCUAGACAUGACAUGAUUGGCGAGGUGAUUCUUGAAAACUUGUUUGAAGUCUCUGAUCUCUCCAGGGAARCCACAGUCUGGAAAGAUAUUCAUUGUGCUACCACAGAAAGCAUAGACCUGGGUGAAAUCAUGUUUUCCCUUUGUUACUUGCCCACCGCUGGUCGUAUGACAUUGACCGUGAUCAAGUGCAGAAAUCUGAAGGCAAUGGAUAUCACCGGCUCAUCAGAUCCAUAUGUCAAAGUAUCACUGAUGUGUGAGGGUCGAAGACUGAAAAAGAGAAAAACAACUACAAAGAAAAACACUCUAAACCCUGUGUACAAUGAGGCUAUUAUUUUUGACAUCCCUCCGGAGAACGUGGACCAGGUCAGCCUCUCCAUUGCAGUCAUGGAUUAUGAUAGGGUGGGACACAACGAGGUCAUAGGAGUGUGUAGAACAGGACUGGACGCUGAGGGUCUUGGGAGAGACCACUGGAAUGAAAUGCUGGCUUAUCACCGAAAACCAAUAACACACUGGCACCCCUUGCUGGAGCUACCUGGCCGGGCAACCAGUUUUGAUAGUCAAGGAUCCUGCUCUUCUCCCAAACCACCUUCCACACCAUAAUGCCUCCAAAAUAAGACCCUUAUGAUAAGGACCUAAGAUCAUGUGCUUAUUGGAUCAGAAAAAAAAAGUGGAAGGUUUGAUUGAUUUCCUCAUUUAAGAUAUAUCCAUGUUAAUGAGCAAACUUGAUGUGUACUUUUUUUCAUUUACUUCUUUUCUGUUUUAUAACUUUGAACAUCUUAAUACGUUUUACUUGAAAACAAAUAGUCCUUAGUUAAAUAAGGCAUUUUAUCCUUCAUGUUAUAUGCCUAUUAGCACAAAGAGUGUUUUGAUAUGUUGUAAUCUUUGCAUAAGCAAAGAAAUACGUUUUUAAAAAUGAAUCUUCAUGUAUCUAAAAUUAAACAUAGUUCAUACUGCUGUUGUAUAAAGUAGUACAUGUCUCAUAAAUGUGGUUUUGAUUUUGUUCAACUGUGUUCCUUUCAUGUGUACAUGAUUCCAUAUAACUUUUAAAUGGACAUUUUUAAACUUAAUGUACCCAGCAUUAAGUUCUUUCACAUUCAAAAUAGUAUUACUUAUUAGAAAAUAGUUUUUUCUUUCAUUCUCAGCAAAUUACUUGUUGAAGUUUGGUUCUGCCAAACUGAAAACUUUGUAGCUCAAGCUUGUACUUUGAAACAUACAGAUAAAGCUGUAAAUUUAAAGAAUCAUUUUGAAUAUAAACUCAAGAAAUGAUAUUUAGUACUGGAAAGUGGAGGUUGAGCCUUUUUGGCUACCAUUUUAUAAUGUCAUACUGUCAYAUUAGUUCAAAGAUCUGCUGCACUGUUGAACUGAUACUUUUAAAAUUCUAAUAAUCUUAAUCUCAACUGUAGCAUUGGUAUUCCUAAGUGAAUAGCAUCAGUUCAUUUUUCAAGCAUUUGUAAGAUUUCAAGUACUGUGACAUGUAUUUCUUGUGUGUGACAUGAAGCUAUUAUGUAUAUCCAGUAUUUCUGAUAGAUCACACUAAUAGACACCAAAGGUUCAACAAAACUGUCUGUGCUCAUUGUCAUUUAGAUUAUAUGUAGUAACGGUGACUCUUAAACCCARUCAGAAGCUCAUCAUCGGAAUUGGGUAUUUUCUUAAACAAAGCAUGACUUAUUUCUCAGCAAACUAUAGAAAAAUACCAUAGAGUGUAACUUCAACAUGUAGUAAAACAAAAAAUUUAUUCUAAAGGCCCAGACCUCCAGUCCUUUUAUGAAAGGCAUUACCUUCACAAAGAUUAAGGACAGGCCACUAGAUGAAAAAACUAUGCAAAUACUUUUACAGGACAGAAAUUUCCUUUUCAUCAGGUCAACUUUUUUUUGGUCUCAUUUCCAGGCCCCACUUAGAAGGUAUUGAAUUAUCCCAACCUUAYUUUUGAGAUGUGGUGCACUAUACAUAAUGCAUAUUUCAAGUUUAU